GGUCAAGGUAUACCCGAGUUUCAUUUUGACAAGUAUCGGAAAGUUCUGUCGUCGGUGUUUAAAUUGUCGGUGAAUUUGUUGUUUUUACCUUGGUUAUACAUUGUGUUCCUAUACUCCAGCGACAUGUUUAAGAAAUUCGACGAGAAGGAGAGCAUAUCGGGGGUGCAGCAGCUCAAGUCCUCGGUGCAGAAGGGCAUUCGAGCGCGUCUACUCGAGCUAUACCCACAUCUCGAGAACCACAUCGACCAAGUGCUGCCAAAGAAGGACACAUUCAGAAUUGUUAAAUGCCAUGACCACAUCGAGAUCAUGGUGAACAGUGCGGGGGAGCUGCUGUUUUUCCGCCACCGAGAGGGACCAUGGAUGCCCACCUUGAGGUUAUUGCAUAAAUAUCCAUUCUUCCUGCCGAUGCAGCAAGUUGACAAGGGUGCGAUCCGCUUCGUGCUCAGUGGUGCCAACAUAAUGUGCCCCGGUCUGACGUCACCAGGAGCCCGCAUGUCCUCCGUCGACAAGGGACAAGUGGUGGCUCUGAUGGCUGAGGGGAAACAGCACGCGCUGGCUGUUGGGAUGACGUCUUUGUCUACAGAUGAUAUAGCCAAAGUGAACAAAGGCGUUGGUAUCGAGAAUUUCCAUUACCUUAACGAUGGUCUGUGGCAGAUGAAGCCCGUCAAAUAAAUUACUACAACUACGCACAUAUAAUA